UCUGAACUGAACAUCUCACUCUUCACUCUUCACUCUUCACCUUUCACCUCUUUACUUGGUUUUAAUAUAAUGUUCUUGAAUAUUGAAAGAUUUAAGAAUAUAAUAUUUGUUAUAUUUGUUACAACCAAUGAUGAUCCAAAGUUAUGACCUGCCUGGUUAUUGAUAAGAAGCUAUAAAACUUGAUAUACAUUUUUCAACACACUAAGAAGAUUCUUUCUCCUGGGGCACCAAUACCAGAAACAAUGGGCAGAGAUGACUUCAAAAUACGGCUCCAGCCGCAGGACGUGGCCAGUCAAAAGAGCCCAAAUUUUAGAAACUCCGCCAAAAUCUUCAUUCAUCCGACCACCUUUGCUCAGGGGGGUUUCAACACAGCACACCUGUGCAACAUUGAGGUAGAGGAGCUAGGUCGAUGGGAGUUGGUUGCCUGGCCCGCCCCAGACAAGAAUGUUGCCAACAAUAUUGUGUCUAUCAGUCGAGUCUUUCAAAAGAAAGCUGGCCUAGAACUCGGUCAGAUGGCUAAGGUGACCCCUGGCAAUGGUCCCGUACCCGAUGCUGGAGUUGUCGUUAUGAGAGAGAUUACCCCUGACGCUACUCCCUUACCUCCAUCGGAACAGACGAGGUGGCAGUAUCAUCUGGAGAGCCGACUAGAGGUAGCUGAAUACAUAAUGUCGGGCAUAUCAUUCGAUGAUAUCGUCUUAAACGGAUCAAGGCGUUCAUUUCGUGUCACGUCUGUAAAUGGUAGAGUUGAUGGUGUAGCCAAAUACACACCAAAUACUACCGUAGUUGAGUUAUCCAACAACGAAGCAAGCAACCCUCGGGGUAAGCUUGAAGUAAGCUUGCUGCCAGGCAUGAAGCGCCCAACAGACGAGCUUAACGAAUUCUUUAAUGAUUAUAAUGUCGAGUUUGACGGAUAUACCACACCAACUUACUCGUGUGGAAUCGUCAUCCACGGCAGCCAUGGGACAGGGAAAUCGAUGCUACUAGACCACAUCGCUGCUACCAACUGGGGAAGGGUUGUUCGGUUGAGUUACCAUGAAAAGACGACAACAAUCCAGCAACAUUUCAAAACCGCCAUGGAGCAGCGGAGCCCGACUAUUAUUUUUAUCGACGACAUCACGAAACUGAUAGGAAAAGACCAGUCGAAUCGUCAGGUCAUGAUCGAGACUAUCGGCGAAGGGCUCGAUGCCCUGGCCAACAAGGCACGCCAGCAAAACAUAAGACCACAAGUCCUCGUGGUAGCUACCUGCCUCGACUUUCUAACCGAUAUCCCCCACGCGCUUCAGCGGCCCGGCCGAUUCGAAGAACACAUCGCUCUCCCCAUCCCGGACGCACAAGGCCGCAAGGAAAUCAUCCGUUUCCACCAGCCGACUUUUGCCGAGGACGUCUUUGACCAGCAUGUUUCGGAUCUGGGCGACCGCACCCACGCGUACACCGGCGCGGACCUGCGCAAGGUCCUCUACCGCGCUACGAAGGCGUGGAGGAAACGGGUAGGCAAGCCUUCUAAGGCGCACCCCCUGACUUGGGAGGAUGUGACGAAGGGGCUCCACGAAGUGCGGCCUACGGCUAUGCACGACAUCAACCUCAAGCCGCCUACGGUGCGCUGGAGCGAUAUUGGAGGGUAUGAGGAAGUUAAGGUUGCGCUGCAGAGAGUACUACGACGGCCUACGGGACCCCGCGCCAAAAUGUCCAAACCACCCAAGGGCGUACUACUCUACGGACCGCCGGGGUGCUCCAAGACCAUGACCGCGCAGGCGAUGGCAACAGAGUCCGACUUCAACUUCUUCGCCGUCAAGGGUGGCGAGCUGCUGAACAUGUACGUCGGAGAGACGGAGCGCUCGAUCCGCAACCUGUUCAAGCGCGCGCGCGAGGCCAGCCCCAGCAUCAUCUUCUUCGACGAGUUUGAUUCUAUAGCCGGAUCGCGCCAGGGGCCCGGUUCCUCCGGUGGCUCUAGCGUGCAAGCCUUGACAACCUUACUCACGGAGAUGGACGGCUUCGAGCGCAUCGGCGAGGUCUUCGUGCUCGCCGCCACCAACAAGCCGGAGCUGCUGGACUCGGCGCUACGCCGACCGGGGCGCUUCGACGAGCUCAUCUACGUGCCGCUGCCGGACGCCAAGGCGCGCGAGGCCAUCUUCGCGGCCAAGGCUAAAGAACUGGGGUUUCCGGAGGGCGAAAUCGAUAUCCCGGAGCUGGCGGCGCAGACGGAAGGGUUCUCGGGCGCCGAGGUGGCGCGGAUCUGCGACAAGGCGUUUUGGGAUGCGGAUGAGGAUGAGGAGGGGAGUGUGCAGGCGAUGCAGGUUUUGCUGGCGGCGAUAGGGAAGACGCCGAUGUUGGUCACGCAGGAUAUGCUGGAUCAUUAUAAGGAGUGGCAGGAGAAGUUUCAGUCGUGAGGGGGACGAUGGACCUAAGUACCUAACCUACCUACCUAUAGACAUGUUCAUAGUAGAUAUCUCAAUUACAAAUAAAUCGUAGUAUAAAAUCUAAAAGCAACAAAAGAAUAAGAUACCUACGCAUAGAUAAAAAGGAACAGAAAAUUCAAAAGCAAAAAAGAUAAAAAGAUGAUUUCGUCCAGGCUCGAACUGGAGACCUUCAGUGUGU